AUGUCUACUUCUGAUUCCUACAUCAUCCAAGACGCCUCUCCGGAAUCUUCGAACGACCAAGAUGAGAUCGACUCCUUACCUUCGUCAAUAGACAGCAGCGACCUGGAUUCCGAGGAGGGAGACUCUGAUGCGCAGAAGGAAUGGGAAGCGAGUCUGCAGCAGCUGGAACUGGUCUUGACGAUGGUGAUUGUUCCAUAUGCUGGAAAAUACUUUGGGCGGAAGUUCGCAUAUUGGAGCUGGGCAAAGUAUAUGGAAUGGAUGUAUCCGGUGGAAGUAAGAAUCACAAGCUCCAAAACGUUCAAGGCCGCGGGAGCCGUUGAAGCGGCUGCGUCGAUUUGA